AGGAAGGAGGAAAGGAGCUGGCAAAGGAGGAAGUGAGGAUACUCCACGAUAACAAAGUGCGUCGGAGCACCUGGAGCAGAGCGCAAACGGCUUUUGGACGUAAAAUCACACGCACAGCGCGCGCGACUUCGUGGCCUCCCCCCGCCCCCCUCUGUGAUUUGCUUAAAAUUCCACGAGCGCAGGAAGAAGAAUGCGCUGUCUGGACAAAUAACGCCUCGCCGUCCCACUAAUAAUUUGCAUUGGUGCAAAUCUACAAAGUAUUUUUUUGUUUUUGCGCUCUACCUGCGGCCAGGAAGCCGGUUUUAAAGAUUGUAACAAAAAAAAAAACACCGAAAAAGCAAUGUUUUACAAAUAGCAGUCCGUGUUGCAUGAACUGCUAAAGGAAAAUCUUCGAUUUUUUUAUUUAUUUUUUAUUUUUUUGAGUUGUCUUUGGAAAACCGAGGGAUGGCACCAGGACUGAAGAUGGUUGUGCUGCUGGUGCUGCUGGUGUCGGAGUUGGAUCUGAGCGCACAGGGAACCACACAGAAACAAAUCAAUCCAGAGUCGUGGCUGCAGCAGUACGGUUACCUUCCACCAGGCGACAUGAGGACCCACUCUCUACGCUCCCCUCACUCCGUGACCUCAGCCAUUGCCGCCAUGCAGCGGUUCUACGGCCUCACAAUCACCGGCAUCAUCGACAGCAACACCAUGGAGGCUAUGAAGCGGCCCCGCUGUGGCGUACCAGAUAAGUUUGGUGCCGAGCUAAAGAGUAACUUGAGGAGGAAGCGAUACGCCAUAAACACUCUGAAGUGGGAGAAGAAGGACAUCACUUUCUCCAUACAGAACUACACCCCCAAGGUGGGUGAGUAUGAGACAUACGAGGCCAUCAGGAAGGCCUUCAGGGUGUGGGAGAGCAUCACUCCGCUUCGAUUCCGGGAAGUCCCCUAUAGCUACAUCCGGGACAAGGUGGAAGAAUUUGCAGACAUCAUGAUCUUCUUCGCUGAAGGUUUCCACGGUGACAGUAGCCCUUUUGAUGGCGAGGGGGGCUUCCUAGCUCAUGCAUAUUUUCCUGGAAAUGGCAUUGGUGGAGAUACCCACUUUGAUGCAGCUGAGCCAUGGACUUUGAGAAACCAGGAUCUGUUAGGUAAUGAUGUAUUCUUGGUCGCGGUGCAUGAACUGGGUCACGCUCUGGGUCUAGAGCACUCCAACGACCCAUCCGCCAUCAUGGCUCCUUUCUACCAGUGGAUGGAGACAGAGAACUUCCAGCUUCCUGAUGAUGACCGUAGAGGCAUUCAGCAACUUUAUGGGUCAGGAUCAGGCCACCAUCCCCCACCUGUGACACCACGUGCACCUGACACCAACCCCGAGUCCACAUAUCCACCAGACACGCCUCGCUUUGGCCCCAACAUCUGUGAAGGCCACGUUGACACCAUUGCCAUCCUCAGAGGAGAAAUGUUUGUGUUCAAGGAUAAGUGGUUCUGGAGACUGCGUAACAACCGUGUUCUAGAUGGGUAUCCAAUGCCAAUUGGUCACUUCUGGAGGGGAUUACCCAGUCAUGUCAGUGCAGCUUUUGAAAGGGAAGAUGGGAAAUUUGCUUUCUUCAAAGGGGACAGGCAUUGGGUAUUCACUGAAUCCGUUCUGGAUUCUGGUUACCCCAGGAGCCUGAAGGAAAUGGGCAGUGGGCUUCCUAAAGAUCGAAUAGAUGCUGCUCUCUACUACACCCCAACAGGACAGACAUUCUUCUUCCGAGCAAACAAGUAUUACCGCUUCAAUGAAGCCUCAAGAGCUGUUGAUGAUGGUUAUCCAAAAUCUAUUAGCGUGUGGCAUGGAGUGCCUGACAACAUCAAGGCUGCCUUCAUGAGCAAAGAUCAAGCGUACACCUACUUCUACAAAGCCAACAAGUACUGGAAGUUCAACAACCAGAUGAUGCGAGUGGAGCCGGGAUACCCCAAGUCAGCCCUUCACGACUGGAUGGGCUGUCCCAAUGAAGAUCCCAAGACAGAUGGCGGAAGAGGUGGUGGAGGACAUGACAAGGACAAAGAGAAGGACAAGGAACGCGAAGACAAGGACACAACUAGAGAUAGAGACAAGGAGAAAGAGAGGGAGAAGGAGAGGGAGAGGGAGGAGGAUACAGAGGUGAUCAUUAUUGAGGUGGAUGAGGAGGGACAAGGAAGCGGUGGCACCGGGGCAGCGGCGGUAGUGGUGCCGCUGUUCUUGUUGGUGUGCGUGAUAGCGACACUGGCUGCUUUGCUGUUUUUCCGGCGGUAUGGUACCCCACGCCGACUCCUCUACUGCCAACGAUCGUUACUGGACAAGGUGUAGACUGAGCAGAGCAAGAGAUUUAAAAAUAAGAGAAAAUACGCAAGAAACAACAGUAGGUAGAGUACUACACUUCAGUUUUAAAAUAUUGUUACCGCUGCCUUCUGUUCCAUCUCUAAACCACUUGAUCCUUGCAUUUUUCUUUCUUUCUUUUUUUUUUUUUUUUUUUUUGGCUUUCCUUCGCUGUCUCUGUGCUUGUGGUUACUGACGCCAGCUCAUUGCUGUUUGUUUUAGCCUGUUUUCAGUUUGAAUUUUUUUUGUCUUUGUCAGCGAUGAGAAGCUGCAGCUUUGAACCUGCAGCUUCCUGACCACCAUGUUCAUUCGUGUAAGAAAAAUGUCCCACCUUAGUUUGUUUGCAUACUUAACAUCACUCACAAAAGAUCCACAAACAUGUGGAAGCCUCAGCAGCAUAAGUCACUGUUUUUGAAAUCUUCCAGUAAGGCUACAUGUCUGAACCCGUAUGGAACCUAAAAGCAAAAAACAAAUAUUAGUCCACCCCUUAAUGAAGCAUGAGAUAUCUGACUGCAUUUCUUUUUUUAUUGAUUUGUUUAGUGUUGAUUAUUAUUAUAAAUGAUGCUGUCAUUAUUAUUAUGACAUUACUAUUAUUGUUGUUGUCCUGUGUGUAAAGAAUGUGUUUUUGUACAUUGUCAUUAAAAAGUCCUGCUGGACAGUGACAUACAGCUUUGAAAGUGGCCUUAAUUUUAUAUGUGGGGACAGUGAAUGGGGAUGCGGGUUAUAUAUUCAUGAAACUUGACUGUUUUUGUUUUGUUUGUUUUUAAAUCUUGAAUCAAUUUCUAAUGACAAUAAAUCAAUAAUCUGAAAAUGACUGCUUUUUGUCAUUGUACUUGUUUACAGUUUUUCACAUCAUGGUGCUGCGUUACAAAUCAUGGGUUUCUAAGUAGUUUAGCAACAAUGAUAAUGAUACUAGUGAUUAUGAUAAUAAUGAUAAUGCUCUAGUUUUCUAAAUAGAGAUUUGAGAUUUUGUCUUUCCACUCAUGUUUGUAUUGUUAAAUAAAGUAAUU